AUGCGCAUGACUAUUUACUUUACUGUUCUUGUGAAUGUCGUUCUUCUGGUUUUUGCAACUAGUGGUGGACAAAGACACUUUGUGCCUAGACCAGGAAACGUUCAUUUAGGUUCUUUAGCUCAGGCACGCCGAUGGGGACGCUGGUGUACUUAUGAUAAUGAAUGUGGUUUUGGCUUUUGUCAAGCCUAUAUGUGUCAAUGUUAUUAUGGCUAUACUACAUGGCAUUAUAUGGAAGCAUGUUCUUAUCAGCAACGAUCGAAAUUAACAGCAUUUCUUCUUUCAUUUUUUGUUGGUACACUCGGUAUUGAUUGGUUUUAUUUAUCAAGAGGAAAUGCUGGAUAUAUUGUAGCUGGUAUUAUUAAGUUACUCAUUUCAUUAGGAUGUUGUAUUGGGUGGCCGUUUACAUUCGCAAAUAGAGAAGCAAAGUCACGUAAAUAUAUUUCUAUUAGUAGUUUCAUCACUGCUAUAUUUACUACAGCAUCAGUUAUAUGGUGGCUAAUAGAUUGGAUUCGAAUUCUAUCCGAUGUAUUUUAUGAUGGCAAUGGAGCACCUUUACAGAGAUGGGGAUAUUAUGAUAAUUAUAACCGGGGCCCAUAUCGUAUGUAA